CAACCCCCGCCGCAGCCACCUGCGCGCUGGGCCCUGCCGCGCACGCGCGCGCGCGUCCAGAGCCAGACAGUUGGUGGUGUUGCUACGCCCCAGCUGUUCCUCUCUGCACGCAGCUCCGCGGCGCGCGACCCCGGUGUGACACCACGGCGCAAACGCGGUGCGGGGGUAGGCAGGGGCGCGCAGGCGCCGCGGGGGGAGUGAGGCCGCGCAGGCGCGGACGGCGUUGGUUGAAGAAGACCUUCAGCGUUGCCCUGGCGGAGCGGAGAUCGGCUCUCUGGGUGGAGAUAUGUGUAACACACCGACUUACUGUGACCUAGGAAAGGCUGCCAAGGAUGUCUUCAACAAAGGAUAUGGGUUUGGCAUGGUCAAAAUAGAUCUGAGAACCAAGUCAUGUAGUGGUGUGAUGGAAUUUUCUACUUCUGGUCAUGCUUACACUGAUACAGGGAAAGCAUCAGGCAACCUAGAGACCAAAUAUAAGGUCUGUAACUAUGGACUUACCUUCACCCAAAAAUGGAACACAGACAAUACUCUUGGAACAGAAAUCUCAUGGGAGAACAAGUUGGCUGAAGGGUUGAAGCUGACUCUUGAUACCAUAUUUGUACCGAACACAGGAAAGAAGAGUGGGAAAUUGAAGGCCUCUUACAAACGGGAUUGUUUCAGUCUUGGCAGUAAUGUUGAUAUAGAUUUUUCUGGACCAACCAUCUAUGGCUGGGCUGUGUUAGCCUUUGAAGGUUGGCUUGCUGGUUAUCAGAUGAGUUUUGACACAGCCAAAUCCAAACUGUCACAGAAUAAUUUCGCCCUGGGUUAUAAGGCUGCAGACUUCCAGCUGCACACUCAUGUGAAUGAUGGCACUGAAUUUGGAGGGUCUAUCUACCAGAAGGUUAACGAGAAGAUUGAAACGUCAAUAAACCUUGCUUGGACAGCUGGCAGUAACAACACCCGUUUUGGCAUCGCUGCUAAAUACAAGCUGGAUUGUAGAACUUCUCUCUCUGCUAAAGUAAAUAAUGCCAGCCUGAUUGGACUGGGUUAUACUCAGACUCUUCGACCAGGAGUCAAACUGACCCUAUCAGCUUUAGUCGAUGGAAAGAAUUUCAAUGCAGGCGGUCACAAGGUUGGGUUGGGAUUUGAACUAGAAGCUUAAGAUGGUUUUGAAUAAAGCAUCAGCUUUGUCCCUGAAGGUGAAGAGGAAUGAACCCACUAUGUUUUGGCCUUAAAAUUCUUCUCUGAAAUUUCAAAAGUGUGAACUUUUUAUUCUUCCAAAGAAUUGUAGUCCUCCCCACACUGAAGUUGCAAGUCCAUCCUAAGGGAGGUGCUUGAAGGCAUGCCUGGAAGUUGUCAUGUUUGUGCCACAUUUCAGUUCCACAGUAUCGUUUUAAAUGCGUUCCUCAGCAACAGUGUAGUGUCAUGUUAUAAAGGAAAUGACCUGAUCUUCCAGUUUGUACAUCACGUCCUGCAUGUCCCACUCCACUUUUUCAUAACCUGUUAAUAUAUUGGUCUCUGUGCUGUAGUGGAAUCUUUGGUUUUGCAUCAGAGUAAAAUAAAAUAAACCCAUCACAUUUGAACAUAAUUGCUCAUCUGACUUGCUAGUGGUGGUUUUUUUACAUU